AUGUUUACCCCCAAAUCUCUCUCUAAUCGUCCGCUAGCAUCUCCCGCCAAUGGGUUCCCCCAUUCUCUCUCACCGACUCCAGUUCCUCCUUCUCCCUCAUCAACUGUGGUUGCUUCUCCAUCUUCAUUUCCUCCUACUUCUGAACGAUCCACCGACGCCGAACCGCCGAAACAACCACUACGAUUUUCAUACUUGUUUAUUGUUGAAAUGGAGGAAGAUAGAGUUGAGGGGUCUAUAGAACAUAGUGAAGAGUUCGUAAACGAAUGUACACCAUGUAUUGGUACGGAGUUUGAGUCAGAAGAUGCUGCGUAUCGAUUCUAUUGCGAAUAUGGAAGGAUUCUAGGGUUUUGCGUUCGAAAAGACUACAUAUCAAAAAGCAAGACGGACGGUGUGAUGAUUAAUAGAAAGUUUGUUUGUAGUAAGGAGGGAGUAAAAAGAGUGGAUAAACGAACUCAGACGACAUCACUAGGUAGACUAGAGACAAGAACUAAUUGCAAAGCAUUUUUGUACAUAUCACUUGAUCGGGCUUCAUUGAAAUGGACUGUGAAAAGAUUUGAUGAGACUCACAAUCACUUGUUACAUAUUCCUGAAACUGUCCAUAUGAUGAGGAAUCAAAGAGGAUUGACUGAGUUACAAGGUAUAACUGUUGAAAUUGCUGAGGCUACCGGGUUACUUCUUAAGUUGUCACAUGAUCUCAUUAGUGCCCAAUCAGGAGGGAAGGAAAACGUUGGGUUCAUGCGAGAGGAUAUUAAAAGCUACUUGCGUGCGAAAAGAGGAAGGGAUUUACAAUAUGGUGAAGCAGGGGCUUUGUUGAGAUAUUUUCAGAAACAAACAAUUGAUAAUCCUUACUUCUUUCAUGGAAUGCAAUUGGAUGUAGAUGAGAUGAUAACCAAUAUCUUUUGGGCGGACCAUGAGAUGAUAAGAGAUUAUGGGCUUUUUGGGGAUACAUUCACUUUGUUUGGUUGA